AUGUUUGAUCCGUUAGAUUUAUACAGUCCCGAUGAACAGGUCCAAUUAGAAAAAAUCACUGAAGCAACGACCAUCUUCACGAAAUUGCAUCAGGACGAUCCUGUCGUAGUUAUUACUGCUGUCAAUGAUAACAGAAUAGAUGGAAUUAAAGCCCAGGAGGAAGACGAAGACGAAGAAGAAGAAGAUUCCAUUAUUGAUAUAUUGGAUCUUCCGCCUGCGACGUACGCCACACCCCAAGCUUCUUUGUGCGUCUUAUUAUUGUUAAAACCAGAUAAGCAGGUUAAUUUCAAUACGUCAAAUGAUGACUAUGACGAUUCCACAAAUUCCAAAUCAGUCGAAAUUAUUUGUAAAGAAAAAGAGAUUUCUUCUGAAUUGCUCAGUUCAUUACUGACCUGGUAUACUGAUCUUUGGCCUAAUAGCAGGCUAAACACCGAGUUAAAAAUAUGCACCAGGAUACCUAGAUUAAGAAGUUAUGGUCAGAAAGAAUUAUUAUUAAAUUAUUAUACUUCCUUACUGAAAAAAUAUGAUAAUUGUAAUGAGGAUUACAUAAAUGAUCAAAUUGUUAAAGAACUAAGUUUAAGAAUUUCUGAAAAUUGUGGUAGAUCAGCUCAACCAUCUAUGACCAGAGAUUUUAAUCUUCAAAAUUUAGUUCAUGUCAUUCAGCUUUAUGAACCUUCAUUGACUGCUGAUAAUUUAGGAUGGAAAACUUGGGGAUCAUCCUUAAUAUUAUCACAAGAACUAGUCAAUGAUUUAGAAACGAAUAAAAACAACAAAAAAUCUAAAUCUAUAAGGCGUGUACUGGAAUUAGGCGCAGGUACCGGACUUGUUGGAAUAGCAUGGGCAUGUAAAUGGAGACAAUUGUAUGGUAAUGAAAGUAUUGAAAUGUUUGUCACAGAUUUGCCUGAUAUUGUAACUAAUUUGAGGAAAAAUGUUCAAAAUAAUGAUCUUGAUGAUUUUGUAGUAGCUGAUGUUUUAGAUUGGACAAAUCCUGAAGAUUUUAUCAAGAAAUAUUCUGAUGAGAAAUUUGAUACUAUUUUGAUUGCUGAUCCUAUCUAUUCACCAAAUCAUCCCGAAUGGGUUGUUAAUAUGAUUUGUAAGUUUUUAGCUAUAAAUGGAAGAUGUCAUUUGGAGAUACCUCUAAGGGCAAAAUAUGCUCUAGAAAGAGAGAAGUUAUCAAAUUUAUUGGAACAACAUGGAUUAGUAGUAUAUAAUGAAAGAUCGAGCGAGGGGAUGGAUGACUGGGGUGUUGUAAAAUAUUUAUAUAAAGAGAUUGGUUGGGAUACCACAUUGACAGAUUGA